UGGUUUCUAUGGAAGCAGGACGCUCAGACUCCUUCAUCAGAGCCAGAAGCGGAUGUUUCUCCAGUCCUCCGCAUGGGACCCAAAAAAGAUAAAGAUAAGUUGGGGCCAAUAGUCUCCAAAGCCUGGGAACCCGGACUCAUUUCCGCUCCCUUUAACCAGGCUAAUUGGAAGGGCUACAUCAGCUUCGUGGUUGGCAACCGGAUUGAGGAUAAUCUUCUUAUUAAUGCCCUUGCUCUUGCCAUCGAAGUCCCUCAGAGGAAGCUCUUCAGCUUGGUAACAUGGGAUAACAUCCUUAGUCAGAUCACUUCACCUCCUCCACCUCCACCCCCAAAAGGAAAGAAAAAUGGCACAUCUGUACCCUUGUAUUAUGAGGUAGUAAAUGCAGCAAGAGCCAUCGUGACUGCAGGAGAGAAACUUACCCAGCCAUUAAUUGGGAAACUCAUUAAAUACCAACUGCUGAAUAUCAAACAUAAGGAUGAGCAACGAAGGGAGAUAGAAAGGAAGGCACUGGAAGAAAAACUAAAGGCAGAAAAGGAAAAAGAAAAAAUGAAGAUCAAGGCUGCUGGAAAGGAGAAGAAAGCAGUUAAAGGGAAAGGAGGAAAAGGAAAGGACCAAGGAGAUUCAGUACACUCACUGAAAAAAGAGAGCAAGUUGAAACGGCGGGGAGAAGAGGAGAAAAUAAAAUCAUUCAUCGAUGAUGAGCCAGAUGAUGGUGCCCAACAUUACUUCAUUAUCACGGGCUUUCAAAAUCCUCAACUACUGGCAAUUAUGGCAGAGCUUGGGAUUCCUGUAUCCAAUGUGAUUAAGCUAUCUUCUGAGAAUUAUGAACCUCUGAAGGCAUACCUGGCAGGACUUAACCGGCCACAUGAGACAUCUAUUGUGUCAGAAAAUAUGGAAUCACCACCAAAAGACAUAGAAGCAGAAAAAGAGAAAGAGAAAAAAAUAAAAGAACUUGAAAUUUUCUGGAAAUACUUGGAACCGAUUCUGAAUAAUGGGAAACCUGAAACUAAUCUCUUUGAUGUUGCCAGGCUUGAACAUGUGGUGAGGGAAGAAUUCCUUCCUGUUGACUGGUCAGACAAUGAACUAUUGCUGGAUCUUGGAACUCAGCUAUUUGAAGUCAUUGCUUGUAUGAUAUAUGACAGCCUAGACUGGAGACGACAGUAUCUGAACUACUUAGAUAAUAUGAAACUUAUUAAUGUCCCACAAGUCUCAUCUGACAGACCUCAUCUGGAAAUCCCUUGGACUCCUGAGGGAGCAUCUGCAAGUUCAGCUGCUAUUUCAACAAAGAAGAAACCACAGGUGGAUGAUUCACAACUAACACGAGACAGUUCCAUGUCUACUGAAGUGGAUAUGAGAUAUUACAAUGACUUGAUGGAACAAAUCCCUGAAGAAUUCAUUUCUGUGCCUUUGAUACUUAAUGGCAUCUUGGAACAGAUAGUGGCAACAGAGAAUGAACUUCUCCCACCUAGCUUAUUGCCACCCACGCCCAGAGAAGAUGGGUUGGAUCCCAGGAUUGCAGCUCACAUCGUAUCCAUCCUUCCAUCUCUCUGUCUCACAGAGACUGAAAAAGAGAAUCUACAUCAUAUAUUCUUACCUGAAGAUGAGAGAGAGAAAAAGGCAGAUCAGAAAGGUCCUCUCAUAUUGAACUAUCAUGAUGCCCAAGGUCACAAGAAGCAUGUACUAAGGGCCCAGAAGAAUUUUGACCCAGUACAAAUUGAACAGGAGAUGCAGGCCAAGCUACCACUGUGGAAACUUCUUCAAUUCCCUUUGCCUCCUUUGUGGAAUAACACCAAACGUCUAGCUACAAUUCAUGAACUCAUGCACUAUUGUACUAAUGAACUUUUGAGUUGGAAUGAAGUAGAAAGAGCCUUCAAAGUCUUUACAUUUGAAUGUCUGAAAUUAACUGAAGUAGAUGAUUUUGGAAAACUGAAGCCUCCUAGAACUGAUGCUGGAUCUGAUUCGGAAGUAUUUCACAUCCCAUGGGACAAUCCUGCCAGAUUUGCUAAGCAGAUAAGACAGCAACAACUUAUGAAAAGGGGUGCAGAGGAAAAAGUGUCUACACCAUCUCUUCUAUCAGAAAAGAAAUUGAACUUUCCCCAAGAAGAUUGGUUGAAGAAUGCAGCAGAGCUGGCUGGCAAGAAGCAAUCAGAGGAAAUUAAGAAGAAAUCAUACUUUACCUUAACACAACUGGAUCUGGACGUGAUGAAAACAACAGAUGAUGAGCCUCAGGCUGAAAAUAAACAACAAUUAGAGCAGGAGUCCGGCAUCAAGCUGCAGAUGAAAUCAAAAUCUACAGUGGAUAUCUCAAAUGAAGAGCUCAAAGAAGAACAGGAUGAGGAUGAAAUUCUUGAAAAGAAACCAAAGAAGAUCAUCAUAGAAGCAGAUUUGGAAGACAUAAAAAAGACUCAACAACGCUCUUUGAUGGAAUGGAGUUUUAUUGAACAUUUUAAACCACAAGUCCUCCUGCAGGUUCUUCAAGAGGCAAGCCAGGAGUUUAGAUGCAUUGAUUCCUAUUAUCAUACCCAAGAUAACUCUCUGCUUUUAGUUUUUCACAAUCCUAUGAAUGUACAACGACUAAGUUGUGAAAAAUGGGAAAUUGCUCUCCAUUCUAAUGUUGGAUUCAGGAACUAUUUGGAACUUGUAGCUGAUUCUAUUCAGGAAUGGAUUGUACAAGAAGAAGCAAAAUAUCAGGAAAAGAAAAUGGCUGAGGAAAUAGCUCUUGCUUUAGCACAACUAGAAGACAGAGCAUCUCCUGAAAGAUCUGAUUCUUCUCCCAAAAAGUCUAAAGGUGCCAAAGGAAGCAAAACCACCAGUGAGGAAGACGAGAAAGAUAAAGAAAAAGAAAAGGAGAAAGAAAAAGAUAAGGAUAAAGAGAAAGAAAAGAAUAUUUUUAUCCUAGAAGGCUCCCUCAAGGCGUGGAAGGCAGAACAGGAACGUUUAGCAGAAGAAGAGCGCAUAAAAGAAGAAAAGAAAUUAGAAAAAAGACAAGUAGAACCUACCAAAAAGAAAAAGAAAGGAGAAAAGCUAGAAAAACAAGAUAGCAAGAUUUCCAAAAAGAAACUCGGCUCCAAAGAGAAAACUAAAGAAGAAGUGUCAAAGUCCUCACAGCAACCGGAAGAAAUUAUCCCACCAGUAAUCAUUGAGAAAGUACACCCGUUUCAAGGAUACAACAUGGGAGAGAAUCCAAUCCACAUCUCCGGUACAAAUUACUUUUUGUAUCCCUCAGAUGGAGGACAGAUUGAAGUGGAAAAGAUAGUAUUUGGAAAAGGACCAACUUUCAUAAAAGUGAGAGUGAAAAAGGACAAGCAUAAUUUCUUUAUUCAUAUAAAAGACCCCAAGAAAAUACAAGGAAAGGUGAAAAAACGAGAAGACAAUGAUUCUUCAGAUGAUGAAGGCAAAGGUAAAAAAAGGAAAUCAAGGACACCAAAGUCAGAAUGGGCUCACCACAAGAAGAGACUGGUUAGCAGGUUUGGUUCUUUCUUUGCCACAUUGGAAAAUGGAAUCACUCUCUCUAUAAGUUACCAUGGACCUACUGGGACAGUACCAGAGGAAAAGGACUUGGAAUUAGAAGAAAUGUUGAAUAUCCCUUCAGCACAUACUCAAACUGUAAUUCCCACUCCACCUACCCCACCUCCAAAAAUAAAAAAUAAAGCUCCUAAGGGUAAAGAAAAGCACAAAGAACCUCCCAAAGAAGAAGAGCCACCACCAGUCGUUAUAAAGGAAGAAGAGAAACCGGAAGAAGCAGCAGAGGCAGCAGCACCUCCACCAGAGCCCCCCUUUAUUCCCACCUUCCAAAGACUAAAUAUUUCAUGUCCUAAUGGACUGGCAGUGACUUUCCUUGGCUACCUUUCUCCAGGUCCACACAUUGGGGAUGAGCAUACCUGGGACAUCAUGAUUCGACAGAGUUAUCCUCAAAAGGUGAAAUACUCUCAGACUCAUAAAACCGUGACACCACCAAUAGAACAGGAGAUAUCCAGAGUUAUUAACAGCCAAGGGACUGUUGUCAAGUACAUGUUGGAUGGGUCCACACAGGUCCUCUUUGCAGAUGGAGCAGUGAGUUAUAGUCCAGAUUCUGGUCCUGUGUGUGCCCACUCCGACACCCCUACAGCUCCAGGUUCAACAGACAUGAGGUACUCCUUUUGUCUACCGAAAUCAGAAACUGCCCCAUCUGAUGCUGUCAGCUUUAAAAAAGGAAAGAGUCACAAAAAUACAUCUCUAUUAUUACACAAGGGUGAUUCCCAUGACCAAAGUUCUUAUCCACUCUUGGGAGCUGGAGAAAUCCAGGGGGGCACUUGGUUUACAACCACACCUGCAGGCAAUCGAAUUGGCACCAAGGGAUUAGAAAGACUACCAGAUCUGACACCGUAUCUGUCAUUUCAGGCAACAGAUCCUGUUGAUGGAACGGUGAUGACAACAAGAGAAGACAAAGUGACUAUUGUGAUCAAAACUGAUGGGACAAGAAUAGUGGAUCAUGCUGAUGGUACCCGAAUUACAACUUUCUAUCAGAUUUAUGAAGACACUAUUGUACCUUCAAAUGAACUAGAAACAAACGAAUCCUCAUGGUCCAUCACCAGGCAAGUGAAGUGUAUGCGAAUAGAGAGCCCUCAUUAUGCUUCUGUUAUUACAAACUGUGAGGAUAGCAGCUGCUGUGCCACUUUUGGAGAUGGAACAUCAAUUAUUGCAAAGCCACAAGGGACAUACCAGGUGUUACCUCCCACCACUGGUUGUCUCUCCAUUGAUAAGGAUUGUUCAGCUAUUUAUUCUCAUGAAUCAAACAGUGACACCCUCUAUCAACCUUUCAGCCAGCGUGAGCAGCUAAGAGCCAGCAGGUAUAUUAUGAAGCACACUUCUGAAAUAAUCUGUGAAGUUCUAGAUCCUGAAGGAAAUGUUUUUCAGGUCAUGGUCGAUGGCACCAUAUCAACUGUUGUCCCAGAAGCAAGCUUAGAGGAGGAGACCAUAGAGGAAGAAAGCGAAGAUUAUGACAGCUUAAUGCCUGAUAAAAUAGAAAAAAAUCCUCUUCAAAUUUAUGGUGAACAUGUCCCCAGGUUUUUUGUUAUCUAUGCGGAUGGCUCAGGAACAGAACUUCUUCGAAAUAGUGACAUAGAAGAGUAUCUAUCUUUGGCUUAUGGGGAAUCAACCAGCGUUCUGCAGGAGCCAGUACAGGAAUAUCCAGGUGCUCUGAGUAUUACUGUUCUUCGCCCUUUCUAUGAAGUAUCUCCAUGGAUUAUGAAGAAAGAAUUAGAAACUAUUGUGCCCACUAAUCUUCAAUCAAGACCCUGGAAUACUUUCCCCCCAGCUGAGAAGAAAACUCCAGGUCCUCCAUUUGGAACUCACAUUUGGAAGGGGCUAUCCAUAGGGUCUGUGCACUUGGCUUACCUACCUGCUCCUAUACGAAAGUGCCCCAAAGUACUCCAGGUCCGACAAUUCAUUCAGCAUGAGGUCAUUAAGAAUGAGCUGAAACUAAAGCUGCAGUUUUCCCUUAAGGAUUACAUAAACCAUAUCCUAAAGAAAGAGGAUGAAUUACAGGAAAUGACCGUUAAGGACUCGCGAACAGAAGAAGAAAGAGGCAAUGCUGCAGACCUGCUCAAACUAGUAAUGUCGUUUCCCAAAAUAGAAAAAAGCAAAGAAGAUCAUUUUACUGAUGUACACCUGGCAGAAUUAUACAAGCGAGCAUUGGCGAGUCCAGAAAUAACAACCAAAAUAAACUGGGAUAAGUGGAGCCAUCCUAAACCCUCAGAACGUUGGAAAGAAAAACUGGAACAGAACAGGCAGGACAUUGAAGAGGCCAAAACUUGUUUGUUAGGGAUGAGGGAGCAUACAAUACCACCAUAUUUCCAGUCUGAGUUUGGCAAGAUAUUUAUGACCCAGUAUCACAACCUGGAAGCUAUUUCUAAAAAACUUCCACCAUUUCCAAAGAAAACAAAAGAUGCAAAUGGAAACUCUUCUCAAAGCACAUCUGAUGCUGAUCCAGAGCAACAAUCAUCUAAAGAACCAAUCCAAGAUUCUUCUGAAUUGCUCAGUCUUUUAGUAUCAGAGAGUUCACUGGAAACCAAGGAUUCCAUGAGUAUGUUCCCCAGUGAUUACUUUAUAAAAUCUGACAUAGAUUCUGAUUCCACAUGGAUGCCCAUGAAGAUUCCCACCCAGUCACUGCUGCAAAAUGCUGCUGGACAACCAAGAAAGGAGAAAGUAAAGCUACCUAGUUACUUGAAAAAUUCUAAGCCAAAGAAGUCUAUACCCCUUAAGAAGGUAGAAGACUGUGUCGGGGGACGAGUAAAUACAUCCUCAAUUGCACGUGCUGCCAUGAACAAUACAAAGCAAUCCUCUUUCGCCUUUCAUCUAAUUCCACCAGAGGUGAACUUUGGUGUCUUGAAGGAGGGACACACCUAUAUGACCAUAGUGAAGCUAAAAAAUGUUGGUGUGGAUUUCUGCAGAUUUCAGGUGAAACAGCCCCCACCCAGCACUGGAUUAAAAGUGACUUACACACCGGGACCAGUAGCACCAGGAUUACAGGUGGACCUGCAGGUGGAGAUCUUUGCCAUGGCUGUUGGAGAGAAUGUUCACAAGGGAUUAGGAACCAUUUCCUACAACAUUGAGAUUAUAACUGAACAUGAAAUUCUACUUUUACCUGUGGAGGCAACAGUUUUAACAUCUAUGACUUAUGACUCGAGACCAGAUGAUUUUCCCAUGGGAAAAGAAAAUCCAUCAGUUCGUAAUAUUUCUCUAAUCACCAAGUCUUAUCAAGUACCUCUUAUGUGAUCGUCAGGCUACCUGCUGCAAAAAAGAAAACUAAUCUUCAUCUAGCUUAGGCAUCUUAGAGCUAUCACUACUGAUGCAGUUGGUCCACUUGUAUUUCUCUUUUUAAGUUAUCCAGACAGUGUCUUGGGGAAAGCUGUCCUACUGUCUACCAGAAAAAUACUUAAUAAAACACCUUUGUACAAAA